AAUUAAAAUAAAUAAUGGGUUUGGUAUAGCCAAUAAUUUUAUUAAUUCUUUUAGUUUAUUUGUUUACCAAAAAGUUACAUCGUUUAAUUCAAGUUACCUACUUUAAGUACGUUUGAAUGUCUCGUUUAAAAGGAUGGAGGUAUGUUGCAUUCCUAUCAGCUUUUGUUGGUGGCAUAGGAUUAGCAACUUAUCCAAUCAUUAUUUAUCCAAUGAUGCACGUUGAAGAUUAUAAAAAGUCACAAGAGAUGAAUCGUGCACAAUUAGAUCAAUCUAGAAUACAGCCCGAAGCUCCUGGGAAUAUGAACAAAUGGAUUGAUCCGUUUGAACGAAAGAAUCAGGACUGACAUUGUAGAUGACCAGAACAAGAACUUUUUUUUUAUUGAAAAUGUAUAAGCAAGUGAUUGUAUUUUUAUCUAAGACUGAUAAAAAAAAGAAAAAAAGAAUGGUCAUGUGUUGGUGAAUAGAUGUUUUUAACUGUAGAUAAUAUAAAUAAUAUAAUAAAUGUGUAUAUUUUUUUAA